AACACUGGCCAGCUGAUGUUAGUAUCUCAACAAGCUCUUGUGCAAGCCCAAAGCCAGACCCCAAAUAAUACAAGUUCAAGACAGUCUUUGCCUACAAAUGCACCUACAGUCAAAGUACGGACUGUACAGAAUUCUGCAACUCAGAUACUUAAAGUACUAGCUGCUCCUGUAAAAACAGUGCCUCGGACAACUCUUGUUACGUCAGCUGGUAAGAAACCUGCUGGAAUACAGUCAUCAGCAUCCACAAACAGUACUAUUACUACUGUGAAAUCUUUUCCUGGACUGCUGUUAAAACCUCCUGCUUCUGACUGUCCUGCAUUCUCUGUUACUCAAAAACCAGCUCCUGACCAAGAAGACAUAACAGGGACACAGACCAGCCCUUCUACAGAAAUGUUGGAAAAUGUGAAGAAGUGCAAAAAUUUCUUAACAACAUUAAUAAAGUUGGCAUCAAGUGGACCUCAAGCUCCUGAAAUGGGGCAGAACGUGAAGAACCUGGUACAAAGUCUGUUGGAAGGUAAAAUUGAGCCUGAAGAAUUUACCAAAAAGCUGUACAUUGAGUUGAAGUCUUCCCCACAACCAUAUCUUGUUCCCUUUCUUAAGAAAAGCAUGCUUGCCUUGCAGCAGUUAAUGCCAAACACAGAGAGCUUUGUACAGCAAUGUCUUCAGCAACCUUCAGCAGAGACUACUGUUUCAGCUUGUACUACAGUCGUAACAGCUUCCUCCAUGGUUGCCUCCAGUGCUCCUUUGAAUACAGCGUCUGUUCAGUCUGCUAGACCUGCCUCUCGGACUCAAGUGGGGAUACCUUCUCAGUUCUCAAACUCUAUCUCUCAUACGUCAUUGGUGACAAGAGGAUCUGGUUCUUUUCAGAUUGCACAUCCAGUGCAAGCCUUACUACCUGGGGUACUCCAGGCAGCAAAUCCUGUCCCACCCUCUCACAUGACAACAGGGUUAGUUACUGAGACUGUGCAGCCACCCAAUUCUAUUGGAAGGACAAUAACAGGAUCCACUUCCUUUCUGGCUGUGAAACCAUUUCUCUCCUCUACAGUGUCAUCCCCAGCCCUUACUGCUGUUGAUGCUGUAAAAUCAGUCACCUCCUCUUCUGCUGUGGUAAAGCCAGCUUUGACUACUGCUAUAGCAACACCUACUAUGGCAGUAAAUACGUCUCUUCAAUCUGUAAUUCCAGUCGCAAGGACACCAAUCACCCUCAGGCUCACCCAUCCCAAUUCUGUCCUUUCCCAGCCAGCUCGAAAUUCACAAGCUGUUAAAGUGAAACAGUUGAUAGUCCAGCAGCCAUCAGGAAGCAUUGUGGAAAAAGUGACCACAUUCCAACAAACGUCAUCACUCUGUGUUGCAAACAAAUUGGGUGAAAAAUUACCAUUAAAUGCAUUGAUCCAGACUAACCAAUUUCCUACAGGCUCCAUUGUGAAACAAAUUACCCUGCCAGGAAACAAAAUUCUGUCGCUUCAAGCAUCUCCUGUUCAGAGAAAUAAAAUAAAAGAGAAUGGAACAACAUCCUUCAGGGAUGAAGAUGAUAUCAAUGAUGUGGCUUUUAUGGCUGGGGUCAACUUGAGUGAAGAAAGUGCAUGUAUAUUAGCAACAAAUGCUGAAACAGUUGGUACGCUUAUCCGGUCUUGCCCAGAGGAACUUCUUCUCUCUUCAGAUGCAUUGCAAGUGAAAAUCUUAGAAACAGGUAAAAGGCAUGACAUUACGGAAGUUAAUUCGGAUGUUCUGAGCUUGAUCUCCCAUGCUACACAGGAGAGGUUACGAGGGCUUCUGGAGAAACUGACUAUAAUUGCUCAACAUCGUAUGGUGACCUAUAAGGACAACAAGAAGUAUUUUAUAUCUAGUGAUACUCAGACUCAGCUUAGGUUUCUUGAGAAACUGGAUCAUAUGGAGAAACAGAGAAAGGAUGACGAAGAACGGGAACUAUUGCUUCGAGCAGCUAAGAGCCGUUCCAAUAAAGAAGAUCCAGAACAGCUGCGAUUGAAGCAGAAGGCAAAAGAGAUGCAGCAAUUAGAACUAGCACAAAUGCAACAAAGAGAGGCUAAUCUUGCAGCUCUGGCAGCCAUUGGACCAAGAAAAAAGAGACCAUUGGAUUCAUCUAGUCUGGCUUCUGGAGUUGAGGGCUUGAACCGAUCACCCAAUUUUGCAAGACCAUAUCUUCGUCCAAGAAUAACACGCAUCUGUCUCAGGGACUUGAUUUUUUGUAUGGAACAAGAAAAGAAUUUGAAGCAUUCUCUAGCCUUGUAUCAAGCCCUUCUUAAGUAAUAAUAAGACUUAUUUUGCAUUUUUGCUUACCAUUUGUUGCCUAAGAAAUACUGGGACACACUGUCCUAUAGUAUAUUUUUCAUAUAAACUUUGUUUACAGUUGCAACCUUCUUAUUAAUGGCCACCUGUAGAGUUUCACUAAAGAGAGGGCCACUGGGAAUAUUCAGUGCACUGGAGACAAGGGGCUUCAGGUGCCUAAUAAAUGUCAGUCUGCAGCAUUAUUCUAUGAAUCUUUUAAGGUUGUGUUUGGGGAAAAAUAUAUUUAAUCUCAAAUUGGCAGCUGGACAGUAUGCUAGUACACAUUACCUAUUUGAUCCAUCCUUUCUAGUUCAAGAAACUAGCUGGAAGAGAAACCACUUGGGACCAGGCCAAGAAAAUGCAAGUGGAGGAUACUAUAACCUGCUGCCUCUAAAGGGAGGCAGAGAAGAGCCAUCUGCAGUAGCAUAGCUUAUAGUGUUCAUACAGUUAGGCAGAAGUGCAAGGAAGUUGGAGCUAGUUAGGAGUUAAGGUGAAGAGUCUUAAAAAACACAGCUGCCUAAAUAACUGAAGACUCUCUGGUGAGGCACUUAAUAUUUGUGGAAACUUGAGUUGUCAGUAUAAAUGUAAGAUGCACUUGUUUUCAUAUCUGUUUAUAGAUUUUAAAGCAGAGAGGUAUCCUUGUAAGACAAGCAAAGUGAAAAGCAAUCUCUGUAUUAUGUAACAUGCAGGUUUGUUUGAUCUCCUCUGUCCUACAGCAUAGGAUUCAGAAAAUAUUUAAUUAUUAGCAGGGAUUUGAUAAGUUGGUGGCUUUAAAGUGCCCUUUAUUAGCCUCUUUGUAGAAACAAAAUCUGCUGUGGCACUUACAGAAGAGCACAAAAUGGUUCAGGGAACUGAACAGAGGUUAUGCUCGAUUCCAAAGUUAGUCUGCCUAUUAGCUGGUCAUAUAUCAUGAACAGUUUGAGGUGGUCACUUGUAGAGAGUCCCCAUACAGUCAUUUUUUCUACUAAUUAUAUACUCCUUUGUAUUCUUAGCACACCACUGCAUCAUGUGGCUAUAUGACAGUGAGUAGAAAAGAUAGCAACUGAAUGCUUUCAUGGUUAAAUUACUUUUUUUAUUUAAAGGGGAAAGGUUAAAAACUGUGCUAUAUAAGUGUUACGGGUUUCCUAUGACUUCUAGACUGCCUGAUUUCUUGACACUGGGACCACUGCACUAUGUUGAGAGUUUCUAAUCUAGUCAUAGUUUUCAAGUUAAAAAUAUGGCGAACCAUGUUAGUUAAGCCAGUGCAGUACAUUGUGUGUAUAUAAUAUGUGUGUGUGUGUGUGUGUGUGUGACUGUGUGUGUGUGAAAAAGUAAUGCCAUUGAUGAUGAAUCAGUAAGUAGCAAAUUAUUGAUGGCCCUGGGCAAAAAAUAUUUUGUAUAGUAAAUGCUUAUCUUUACUUUUUAUGUAAGGUGCAGCAUUUCUCUCUUUGUGUAUUUAGUCUUACUGACAGAACAUGUUUAAAAUUAUUUUAAAUACUGCAUUAAAGUAACUAUAUUUUAUUAAAA